AUGAAGCAACGAGAGGAGGCGAGACGCCGCCGCCGCGCCCAGUCAAAAGGAUCCACCGGUGGUUUGCAAGCGAUUCAAGUUGAGGAGCAGUUACCUACCGGACAAGUGGACCUUCGAACUCUCACUGACCGGAGACAAGUUGAGCAAGGGUGCAUGCAGGAAAAUCGCGCACGGUACGACCAGACUCGAUCGCCCUAUACGACUCCUCCCAUGGACGAACCCUUGUAUUCAAUGUUCACCGGGGCGGAUGCAGAGAGGAACUCCCACGCCCUUCUGGAGGGCCGCCUUCCAAUGCCGGAUGGGAUUGAUUCUUACACUCAGUCAUUCCUGGAACAGUGCCGUUUCCAUCAAGGGCACUCUAUGAUCCCGAUGGAAGUGUCGCCGGACGAUCAUACUUACUUCUGGUCCCGUAAUCCAGAGAAUAAGGGCUCGGAACCACAUGGGCUUCAUAACGGGCAUUUCAAGGCUGGGAUCUAUUCUCCUACGGUGGCCCAAUGCGACGCUCUCUUCCGCCACAUACCCUUGACAACUGGGUUUAUCCCUGACAACUGGCGGCAUCUGAUGAAUUUUGCCAUUGAAAAGAAGCCAGGAGACUUUCGGCUGACAAAAAUGCGCACGAUUCAGCUCAUGAAUUCUGAAUCCCAAGCGAACUACAAGAAAUCGGGCCGCCUGGCCAUGGCCUACGGCGAAGAACAUCACCUCUUGGCCGAUGGACAGUGCGGGUCUCGAAAGCACCAUCAAGCGAUCGAUCUUGCCCUGUCUAAACGCCUUGUGUGGGACCUGCUGAUUCUCCAGCGCCGUUCGCGGGGUGGAUUUCAAAUGACGCAAAGUCUUGUUUUGAUUGGGUCGUCCAUUGGGUGGCGGUGA